CCCCCCCCCCCCAACAGACGAAUCGGAAGCUUCGAAUCAAAACCAGACCAACCUCAGCGUCAGUUUUUUUUGUAACGUCAUUUCCUUUCCUCUAAAGCGUGUUAAAAAAGGAAGAUGGCAGCUCCAUCUGAGGACUACCCUCAUGAAAUAGACGAACAGCUCACAAGCUUCGACUCCUCAGUUUCCUCUGUCAAAACCAUGUUGGAGAAGUUAAUGUCGAUGCCCAGAAAUGACCUUCUGCAAAAGCUGGACCCUUUGGAUCAAGCCAAGCUGGACCUGAUGUCUGCCUACACCCUUAAUUCAUUAUUCUGGAUGUACUUGGUGACACAAGGAGUAAAUCCCAGAGAACAUGGAAUCAAGCAAGAACUGGAGCGAAUAAGGACAUACAUGAACAGAGUGAAGGAGAUCACUGACAAGAGGAAAGCUGCCCGUCUUGAUAAGGGGGCUGCCGCGCGAUUUGUCAGGAAUGCUCUCUAUGAUCCAGAGGAAAAAGAGUCUAGGAAAAAAGCAGCAGCCAAGAAGGCAGCAGACAAAGCAUCUGACAGCCCGCAGUCAAAGCGUCCAAAGCAGAGCUGAAGUAAAGGAGGAGCUGGACAGUCUGGUCCUGCUGCAGUUUGCACUAAUUACUGUGGCAAAGAACACUAGGAGUUCAUAUUUUUGCUCACAAGAGAAUUCCUCAGUAUGUGUGUGAUAAGACACCAUACAAGACAACUUGAGACAACAAAACUGGAUCAUACCUUGGAGUCAGAUCAUCAGCAGCCAGUGAAUGUUGCUGGAUAUACUAGAAACACAGACUAAGUGCCAUCUACAACACAGCAUCCAUGUUUUCCUCAACAUAAUUCUGACAAUGACACUGACCACUGCUUAGAAUUUCAUAAUUUCUGUAAUGUUACUUCAUCACUGAAUUAUUGUGUGUGUGGAGUUCUAUGACCACUGGAAAUUCUAGUUUUAUAUGGGAAAGUGAGUAAAAAAUGUAAUUGGGUCCAUGCAGGUAUUGAAAUAUGUCACUCAAGUUUGUAUGGUUCUUCUUUUUAUAUGAAGGAGAAGUAUUAGUGGCUGUGUUUUUUGAAAGGGAUUCCGUGAAUCAAUGCAAUGAGCAUGUUUCUACAGGCGUGCCUUGUUUCAAACAUUGUACCGAAAAGCUUUUGGUGAUGUUUUUCUUUUAAAGUUGAGUUUUGCAGAAAAAUACUGAGAAAACCUGAUGUUUGACUUAAUGGUUUUCUUCCUGUUCUUUUCUUCAUUUGUUUGUUGUUACCUCUUACUGAGGAGGACACAAAUUGGUAAUAGAAUUUUUAAGUAAAACAGUUCAAUGUAAACUUCGAA